CAGCCAUCGCUUUACCUAAUUCAUGUCCAACCCAAAAUGGGAAAGAGGUGGAAGGGAUUGGAGAGGGUAGAACGAACAGCAAUGCAAUAGCUUGGGUAUUGUGUUUAAAUUGGGGGGGGGGGGAAACUCGCUUUUCCAAAUCCUCUCUGUAGGUUUUAUUGGUUGAAAACAAGAAGUUGCCAAGCCAAGGUGUGCUUGAACCAAGACCUAGCCUGAUCCUGUUACCUGGCAACCAGUGAUUGGGCACCAAUCCUAGCCUCCUGAUUGGCUGUGACAGAAGCAGGCUGUAGAGGUGGUGAGGAGGGGGCAACUGAAAACAAACUACUUUGCUCACCCCCUUUUUUUGUUUGUCUUCUUUGAUUUGAAGGGGAGGGGGGGGAAGAGGACUCGACAGGAGGAGGAGUGCUCUGUGGGAGCUCUAACUUCACAAAGGAGCAUGGGGCAGAGUGUUCCUGGAGGCAUAAAGACUAUUGACAUGAGGGACCCGGCAUUCAGGCCUCUGGAGCUGGCAGCUCUGGACCAUAACAAGCCCUCCAGGCUGGAUCUGUUGCUGGACAUGCCCCCUGCUGGACAGGAGGUCCAGAUGCAGCACUCGUGGAACAACAACGACCGAUCGCUCAACAUCUUCGUCAAGGACGACAACAAACUGGUCUUCCAUCGGCACCCCGUGGCUCAGAGCACGGACGCAAUCCGGGCCUGUAUCGGCUACACCCGGGGGCUACACAUCUGGGAGAUCAGCUGGGCCAUGAGACAGCGGGGCACGCACGCCAUCGUCGGCGUGGCGACGGGAGACGCGCCGCUUCAUUCCGUAGGCUACACGACCCUGGUGGGUAAUAACCACGAGUCCUGGGGCUGGGACCUGGGACGAAAUAAACUGCACCACGAUGGGAAGAAUCAGCCCAGUAAGAUGUACCCUGCGUUCCUGGAGCCGGAUGAGACAUUUAUAGUCCCCGAUUCAUUCCUGGUAGUGUUGGACAUGGACGAGGGCACUCUGAGCUAUAUAGUGGACGGACAAUACUUAGGGGUGGCUUUCAGAGGACUCAAGGGGAGGAAGCUGUACCCUGUCGUCAGUGCUGUGUGGGGGCACUGUGAAAUACGAAUCCGCUACAUCAAUGGACUCGAUCCUGAGCCUCUCCCUCUGAUGGACCUGUGUCGGUGCUCCGUGAGGGGAGCUCUGGGCAGAGAACGACUGAGUGAGAUCCAUGGUCUGCCUCUACCAGCCUCUCUCAAGAAUUACCUGCUCUACCAAUGACCCCCCCUCAGCACAACAUAGAGAACAUCUCUUAGAUCUGUGGACUGCCCUGUCUGUUGCCUCAAUACAAACACAGAACAUGUCUCUCUCUCUCUCUCUCCUCUGACUGCCCUGUCUGUUUUCUCAAUACAAACAGGAAACAUGUCUCUCUCUCUUCUCUGACUGCCCUGUCUGUUUUCUCAAUACAAACAGGAAACAUGUCUCUCUCUCCUCUGACUGCCCUGUCUGUUUUCUCAAUACAAACAGGAAACAUGUCUCUCUCUCUUCUCUGACUGCCCUGUCUGUUGCCUCAAUACAUACAGGAAACAUGUCUCUCUCUCUCUCUCUCCUCUGACUGCCCUGUCUGUUGCCUCAAUACAUACAGGAAACAUGUCUCUCUCUCUCUCUCUCUCCUCUGACUGCCCUGUCUGUUGCCUCAAUACAUACAGGAAACAUCUCUCUCUCUCUCUCUCUCUCUCUCUCCUCUGACUGCCCUGUCUGUUGCCUCAAUACAUACAGGAAACAUGUCUCUCUCUCUCUCUCUCUCCUCUGACUGCCCUGUCUGUUGCCUCAAUACAUACAGGAAACAUGUCUCUCUCUCUCCUCUGACUGCCCUGUCUGUUGCCUCAAUACAUACAGGAAACAUGUCUCUCUCUCUCUCUCUCCUCUGACUGCCCUGUCUGUUGCCUCAAUACAUACAGGAAACAUGUCUCUCUCUCUUCUCUGACUGCUCUGUCUGUUGCCUCAAUACAUACAGGAAACAUGUCUCUCUCUCUCUCUCUCUCCUCUGACUGCCCUGUCUGUUGCCUCAAUACAUACAGGAAACAUCUCUCUCUCUCUCUCUCUCUCUCUGACUGCCCUGUCUGUUGCCUCAAUACAUACAGGAAACAUGUCUCUCUCUCUUCUCUGACUGCCCUGUCUGUUGCCUCAAUACAUACAGGAAACAUGUCUCUCUCUCUCCUCUGACUGCCCUGUCUGUUGUCUCAAUACAUACAGGAAACAUGUCUCUCUCUCCUCUGACUGCCCUGUCUGUUGUCUCAAUACAUACAGGAAACAUGUCUCUCUCUCCUCUGACUGCCCUGUCUGUUGCCUCAAUACAUACAGGAAACAUGUCUCUCUCUCUCUCUCCUCCGACUGCCCUGUCUGUUGUCUCAAUACAUACAGGAAACAUGUCUCUCUCUCCUCUGACUGCCCUGUCUGUUGUCUCAAUACAUACACAGAACAUGUCUCUCUCUCUCUCUCUCUCUCCUCCGACUGCCCUGUCUGUUGUCUCAAUACAUACAGGAAACAUGUCUCUCUCCCUCUCCUCUGACUGCCCUGUCUGUUGUCUCAAUACAUACAGAAAACAUGUCUCUCUCUCUCUCCUCUGACUGCCCUGUCUGUUGUCUCAAUACAUACAGAAAACAUGUCUCUCCCUCUCUGUCUGUCUCUGGGAUUUUCCCUCUCAGAAGUGUAGCUCAACCAGUUCAACAACUCAACACAUCACUCCAGCCUCUCGCUUCGAGCUCUGACUCAUCCUUCCCAACCCUCAGGGUUGUUUUGUACCAAUCGCACCACAGAGUGAGAAGAACAUCAUUGUGUGAUGCCUGGAGUGUUCGGGAAGUCUUAGAGACCGUGGUUGGUAAUGGGUCAAGUCUUUUAAAAUUUUAGUUCUAUAAUCCUGUUUAUGAUGGUUUACUUCAAUCAUACUGAGAUAUCCACGUCAAUAACAGGCAUGACAUGCAGAGGGCUUUAUGCGUAUCUUUGCUGGUCCUGAAGGCUUUGAGAUGACUGCCAUAGUGGUACUACAAUAUGUUUUGUCUGACUGUGUGUUGAAGUGCAACGAGUUUAAAUGGUACCGCCAGUCUAUUGUGACCGCAACACCUCCUUUAAUAGUGAUUUUAGACUUUGUCUCUCCUUUUCCGUUUUGUCAUCUUAAAUGAAAAUUCAAUCAAGUGAUUGAUUGCUGUCUGACAUGUCCGGUUGGUAAAUAGUUGGUUUAUUGUGUUGGGAGUCCAACCCCCCCCCCUCCUCUUCAGUUUGGUGGAGGGCCAAUGUGUGGUAUAACAGAUGGCUUUGUUGCAUGUUGAAAAAACUAUUUGUCAACAUUUUCCAAGCACAAGGUGGUGCCAUUUCUCAUCUUCACUUCCUCCUCUUUUCGUGGUUCAUCAGGAAAUGGUGCUCCUUUUUUAUAUACUUGAGAGAUUUUACGAGAUUUCCUUGGAAGGUUUUUUUUUUUAAAUAAAGUUAGUUAGUGCUCACCUUCCUCACACGGCGGCAGGGUAGCCUAGUGGUUAGAACGUUGGACUAGUAACCGCAAGGUUGCAAGUUCAAAUCCCCGAGCUGACAAGGUACAAAAAUCUGUCGUUCUGCCCCUGAACAAGGCAGUUAACCCACUGUUCCCAGGCCGUUGUUGAAAAUAAGAAUUUGUUCCUAACUUGUUAAAUAAAGGUAAAAUAAAGAAACACUCUCCAGUAGAUGAUGGUUGAUCUCAGCCCAGACUGUGUGUGCCUGGUGAUGACUACCUGCCAUAUUAUAGUGGUGAUACAACUCCACUACUCCUGGAAACACCAACACCGCAGUUUGUCCUUCAAGGUGACCGUAUACCUACCCCCAACCUUUUUAAAGGGACAGUUCACCCAAAUUACCCCCCCCCCCAUGAUAGUAUAAGCUGUCUGGACAAGGACGGAGUACAAUCCAAGCUUUGGGUUCGUUUACCGUUUAUCGAAUCCCGAUUAUCCAUAGACCUGCUUUCGGGGUAAAAAAUAAUUUUAAAAAUAUAUUUUUAUUUGGGUGAACUCUGCUCUGCUGCGCUAUCAGGUUUUCUCCCUGCAAUAUUUGAAGCACCUGUUAAAUGUACCGAUGUCCCCAACAUAUUUUUAUUGAAGAGCUUUAUAUAUAUGAAUGAUGACAUCGCUGUGAGAAUUUCUAACAUGUAAUAGCAGACUGUUUUGUCAUUGGUCGCCAAGCCAUUCACUGUACAAUGUCCGUGACCAUAGUCUUCUCUCUGCUUCGGACCCAUGGACUCUGUAUCAAGGACUUGUUUGGGUAUAAGGGCUGGUUAGGUAAUUCUGAAAUGUGUGGGGAUGUCAUUGGAAGGUGUGGGGUCUUUUAAUUAUUUUUUUAAACUAUUGUUUUGUUUUAGUUAGAAAAGCAUAUGUUUAAACGGUACUCUGUUUCCUGGAUAGUGGUGGACCUUCUUGUUUUUAAUGGGUGGAUGUAGUUGGUGUUGUGCUGGGCAUUGACUGCGUUGAUCAGGGUUUUUCCCCUGUUUUUUUUUCUUUUCUUCUAGUUUGCUCAUUUUAAUUUUCUUUAUGUCGUAACUUCCAUAAUAAAAGUUUAUUUCGAAUUAUA